AUCAAUCUUCAUUAUUCCGAAACUUGCGUUCUCUCCAAGCGACGACCCUUCUGCUCCUUCUUCUUCUCCCACCUCUAACCUUCACGAAACCAACAAAACAACCCAAACCAAAACCCUACUUUCAAUCAUUCCGUUUUAAUUAGUCAUGCAUUAGUCUUCCCAUUGUUCUCCGAUCGACAAGUUCGAUCUCUCUUAUGCUUCUAAUCAAUGGAGCGAGAGAUCGAACCUGUGAUGGAUCACGCCUAUUCUUUGUUCGGAAAAUAUGAACUCGGAAAGCUUCUGGGUUGUGGUGCCUUCGCUAAGGUCUACCAUGGCCGCAACCUUCAAACAUCCCAGAGCGUCGCCAUUAAAGUCUUCAACAAGAAGAAGAUCACCGCCUCCGGCCUCACCUCCAACAUCGUGCGUGAGAUCACCAUCACGAGCCAGCUUCGUCAUGCCCAUAUCGUCAGGUUCCACGAAGUCCUCGCCACCAAGACCAAGAUUUUCUUCGUCAUUGAACUGGUUAAAGGUGGCGAGUUAUUCUCCAAAAUCGCCAAGGGACGAUUUUCUGAGGAUCUCAGCCGGAGAUAUUUCCAGCAGUUGAUCUCCGCCGUUGGGUACUGCCACUGCCGGGGUGUCUUCCACCGCGACUUGAAGCCGGAGAAUCUUCUCCUCGACGACAAUGGCGGCCUCAAAGUUUCGGAUUUCGGGUUGAGCGCUGGCAGGGAUCAGAUCCGACCUGAUGGGUUGCUUCAUACGCUCUGCGGCACCCCUGCCUACGUGGCGCCGGAGGUUCUAUCCAAGAAAGGGUACGAAGGGGCGAAGGCGGACGUGUGGUCUUGCGGCGUCAUUCUCUUCGCGUUGGCCGCCGGGUACUUACCCUUCAACGACCCGAAUCUCAUGGUGAUGUACAGGAAGAUUCAAAAGGGAGAAUUCCAGUGUCCGAGAUGGAUUUCGCCGGAGCUAAGGAGGUUCCUUUCGCGGUUGCUUGACACGAAUCCGAAUACCCGAAUCACCAUCAGUGAGAUCCAUCAGGAUCCGUGGUUCAAGAAAGGGUAUAACGAGGUAAGGUUCCAGGAGGAUGAUUUCGGGUUCGGGUCGAAGAACAAUGGAGAGACGACGUCGGACAUAAUCCAACUGAAUGCGUUUGAUAUCAUAUCCUUCUCUUCAGGGUUGGACCUGUCCGGAAUGUUCUACAACACGGCAGGGAGAAGCGAGAGGUUUGUGUUGGUGGAGUCGCCGGAGAAGAUAAUAGAAAAAGUGGAGAAGUUGGCGAAGGCGGAGGGGCUGGCUGUGAGGAGGAGGAAGGAGGAGUGCAAGGUAGUGGUGGAAGGAGUGAAGGGCAAUUUGGGAAUUUCGGUAGAAGUUUACCGGUUGACAGGUCAGCUGGUGGUGGUUGAGGCUACGAGAUGCAUAAACGGUGUCGUUUUCAUGGAGCGGUUUUGGAACAACAGGUUAAAGCCCUUACUCCGCAAUCCCACUGGAACCACUAGUACGACGUCGAAUCAGGGAUUUGACCAAAGGCCCGUCGAAGGCAAAAAUCUCCUCCAUGUUGAUAGCAGAAAAUACAAAAGCUUAAUAAUUAAUUGAUGUAGUUAAUACAUACACAUAAUCAUAUAUACACUACAUAAUUAUAGAUGUGUGUGUGUGUGUGUGUGUGUAUUGUUGUGACUUCGGAGAUUCACUAUGCUCAAUCUAACCCCAGGCUAGCUUUCCUUUUUUAGUUUGUUUUCAUGGAGGAUUUUAACGACUUGUAAUAUUUUGUAGUUUGUGGAGAUAUAUAUUAAUGUGAAGAAAAUGAAACU